AUGAGGUCUCUGGUCUUCGUUCUGCUCAUCGGAGCUGCCUGUAAGCACCCAAACUUCUGCUUGUAUUGACUUGUACUUGUCUGAGCUCUAAAAAAAUGUUCUCUUGGUUGUUCAUUAUUGGGCCUCUUGUGCAUUUUCAGUCGCCACUGACGACGACAAGAUCGUCGGAGGGUAUGAGUGCACACCCCACUCCCAGCCCCAUCAGGUCUCUCUGCAAUCUGGCUACCACUUCUGUGGAGGCUCCCUGGUGAACGAGAACUGGGUUGUGUCUGCUGCUCACUGCUACAAGUCGUAAGCACAGUCUUUGUGUUUUCCUGGGGUGUAAAGCAUCAUGUUUGAUGGUUGUUUAUGUGUAAUCGGCUUCUUGUCUUGGUUUUCUUUUAGUCGUAUUGAGGUGCGUCUUGGAGAGCAUCACAUCAGGAUCAACGAGGGUACCGAGCAGUUCAUCGGCUCUUCCCGCGUCAUCCGCCACCCCAGGUACAGCUCCUACAACAUCGACAACGACAUCAUGCUGAUCAAGCUGAGCAAGCCCGCCACCCUCAACCAGUACGUGCAGCCCGUGGCUCUGCCCACCAGCUGUGCUCCCGCUGGCACCAUGUGCAAGGUCUCUGGCUGGGGUAGCACUCAGAGCUCCAGUGAGUAUGAAUCCUGCAUUGUUUUCUUCAAAUGUAAGUCUGUGCUGCACUGAAACAUCAGCUUGACCUUUUUAAGUUUCUCUCUCCAUUUUCAGCCGCUGACAAGAACAAGCUGCAGUGCCUGAACAUCCCCAUCCUGUCCGACAGGGAUUGCGACAACUCCUACCCUGGCAUGAUCACCGAUGCCAUGUUCUGCGCUGGAUACCUGGAGGGAGGCAAGGACUCUUGCCAGGUAUGUCAUUCAGUCUUCAGACAGAAAUAACUGUUGUAAAAUCUUAGUGAGACUUGUUUGACACCCUUUGCUCUCUUUUCACAGGGUGACUCCGGUGGCCCCGUUGUGUGCAACGGUCAGCUGCAGGGUGUUGUGUCCUGGGGAUACGGAUGUGCCGAGAGGGACCAUCCCGGUGUCUACGCCAAGGUGAACCUUCACUAUCUCUUCACAAUAAGUACAAGUGAUAUUUAAUCAUGACAAGUGUUGGGCUAAAACCUUGUUCUGUCUCCACUGACAGGUCUGCAUCUUCAACGACUGGCUGGAGAGCACCAUGGCCAGCAACUAAGUCUGAUCAUGUGACCAACAUCUUACUCUGCUGCCUUUCUUUCCUCAUUUUUACUCCGACAGUGUUGUUGAGUUUGGACAAUAUGCAGCCAUUUACCAUCUGAGUCAAUAAAACUUCAAUUCAAAAUAUCUGCUUUUGGUUAUUUAUUUCUUACAAAAGGAAAAGAUGUUAAACAUCCUGCUGGUUCUAGAAAUAGUUACAGUUUAUUUCCUGUUUGUGCAAAAAUGAAAAAAUAAAAAUCAGUUCAGCAGCAGAGUUGAACUCUGCACAAACAGGAUAUUUCAGAGAAAGCACAAAUGACAUACUAAAGAAGGUAUGAAAGUGGGUGUGGCAAGGUGUGGCCCAUCACCACAAACACACACACACUUGAAAUGUGAUUGGCCACCACAAAAUGCCCAACCAUGUUCAGCUAUAACCAAUAUUAGAGGCAGACUUGUGUCCACAGUCAUGUCUUUGGACAAAUAAAUAAGUCAUUCAAAAUUAAUCCAUGUUCUAUUUUGAAAUAUAAAACCAUGAUUUACAGAUAGGAUGACUCUAGUAUCACACUGUAUGAUAUUUUAGUCAUGAAAACAGAUGAUGACACUCCUAUGCUGGCCACCGCUGCUUUUGUCAUCCCAUUGAGGUUCCUCAUGUCCAAUAAGCUCCUAACUGAUUGACAGUGUAGGACAACAGGACAAGCGCUUAUCUAAAUGCACUAUUUGGAUUUGUUAUUAAUAAAAUCACAGGUAAAUAUCAGGUACAGAUUUUAUUUUGCCAGGAUACAAUUGUUCUCAAAGUACAGGACACUGCAACUUGUUCAUGUAAGGAGUCGCUGCAAGAAACCAAAAGUGAUUGGACAGGUUGAGAGAUUAUCUUCGAGACUUUUUAAAAGGUUUAAUUUGGGUGGACAGAAAAUGUGUAGAGCAGAUACUGGGGGAAGAUUAAAGCCUUUACAUGUGAGGCACUCAGACCACAAGGCCACCAGCGAACCUUCCUAUUAACAUAUUUGUCAUGAGCAGACCAAAAAAAAAAAGAAUUAUGAAGAACUAAAUGAAAAAAAAAAAAAAAACAACAAAAACUUAAAAAAUAAAAAAAAACAAGGAGAAAAAAUCCAAGAAGAGGCACUGGGGAAAAAAAAACACAAAAAGACUAGGGAUACAACGAUGACUAUGCAUGACACUCACUGACCGACAAAUACACACACAUUGACAUACAAUGAACCAACAAGACAGAGUGGAAGACAAGGACUUUAUACCAUAGACUGUAUAUAGAAUGGACAGAGUCCGCCUCCUCGCUGGGUGAAGCCACUCCGAGAACAGCACCCUCUGUUGACUGGCUGCAGUAUAGGUCAUAAAUCCCGCCCCCGCCAGCAAAGCUUAUGGAGCUGUGGACAAACUUUAGAAAUCUAUUACACAGAAUAUACAUUUUUCUCCCCCCUGCUUGUGAUGUUGACAUGUAGUUAUUGUAAGACUGGUUUGUGCCCAAGUCCUCUUUUUUCUGUACAGCUUCGUUUUUAAAAGUUAUUAGGGGGUUCAUGUUUUCUAUGAUUGACACCUGAUACAGCCUAUGGGCGUUCAGGGAUUGAGUCGAUCUCCCGGGGGAUACGCUGUUUGAGCCGAGCGUCAUCACAGCAACUCUCUACGACUGCGCCUCCGAAUGCGUGCAUCGCUACUGCGCAGCGCUGGUUUCAGGAAAUGAAGAAAAAUCCCAGAAAUACCGAGAGCUUUUGGGCUUCAAAUCUGUACACAGGUGGAAGGCGGAACCAAGUUGUCCAUAGUAUAAACAGUCUAUGAGCUUGAUAAAUAAAAGUCAGUUGUUUUAUUGACACAAUGAAAGUAAAGUUGAUUCUCUGAAAAGCUGUCUCACGUUGAGUUUGGAUGUACAGAUUUUAUCUACGUGGAUGUUGUCAUAGUGCUGCAGCUUCUGCAAAGAAUACGUGGCUGGUUUUCCCGUGAAAGCCACAAUCAGUAACCUCUGGUUGUGAAUCAGGCCAUCUGCAGAGCUGCAGACAAGCCUUAACAGCACAGAUCCACCCAUUUCAAUGUCAACCAUUCCUUCAUGUGCCCUUGCUUACACAAAUUCAACACAAUCACACAUCAAAAGAGAGUCAUCUGCAUAUAAAGACACAUUUGAUGUUUGAUUGAGAUACUGUGGUAAUUCCCACCUUAUUUUAAAAUAUUAUUGCAUAAAUAUAUAUUGUUUACUUCCUCACAUCAUUCAGCCAAUGCAAGUUGUACCAAGAAUGUUUUUUCACAUUGUUGCACCAAUUUUAACACAACAGUAUUCCUGUUUCUCCAAAAACUUAAAGCAAAUAACUCGUGCAGAAUUCCAGUGCACACCACCACUCAGCAAAGCAAAUAUUUGCUUAUCCUAUACCCAGAAUUUUCCAGGAUCCCGAUUGGUUUAAAACGUCUAUGGGGGUGUGUUUAGAGAGAGGAACAAUCGUAUAUAAACCAGAACUCCAACCUAAGACCUUCAUCCACAAGAUCACUCAGCAAUCAUGAGGUCUCUGGUCUUCGUUCUGCUCAUCGGAGCUGCCUGUAAGCACCCAAACCUCUGCUUGUAUUGACUUGUACUUGUCUGAGCUCUAAAAAAAUGUUCUCUUGGUUGUUCAUUAUUGGGCCUCUUGUGCAUUUUCAGUCGCCAUUGACGACGACAAGAUCGUCGGAGGGUAUGAGUGCACACCCCACUCCCAGCCCCAUCAGGUCUCUCUGCAAUCUGGCUACCACUUCUGUGGAGGCUCCCUGGUGAACGAGAACUGGGUUGUGUCUGCUGCUCACUGCUACAAGUCGUAAGCACAGUCUUCAUGUUUUCCUGGUGUGUAAAGCGUCAUAUUUGAUGGUUGUUUGUGUGUAAUCGGCUUCUUGUCUUGGUUUUCUUUUAGUCGUAUUGAGGUGCGUCUUGGAGAGCAUCACAUCAAGGUCAACGAGGGUACCGAGCAGUUCAUCAAGUCUUCCCGCGUCAUCCGCCACCCCAGGUACAGCUCCUGGGACAUUGACAACGAUAUCAUGCUGAUCAAGCUGAGCACACCCGCCACCCUCAACCAGUACGUGCAGCCCGUGGCUCUGCCCACCAGCUGUGCUCCCGCUGGCACCAUGUGCAAGGUCUCUGGCUGGGGUAACACUCAGAGCUCCUGUGAGUAUGAAUCCUGCAUUGUUUUCUUCAAAUGUAAGUCUGUGCUGCACUGAAACAUCAGCUUGACCUUUAAGUUUCUCUCUCCAUUUUCAGCUGCUGACGGUAACAAGCUGCAGUGCCUGAACAUCCCCAUCCUGUCCGAGAGGGAUUGUAAGAACUCCUACCCUGGCCAGAUCACCGAUGCCAUGUUCUGCGCUGGAUACCUGGAGGGAGGCAAGGACUCUUGCCAGGUAUGUCAUUCAGUCUUCAGACAGAAAAAAAACUGUUGUAAAAUCUUAGUGAGAUUUGUUCGACACCCUUUGCUCUCUUUUCACAGGGUGACUCCGGUGGCCCCGUUGUGUGCAACGGUCAGCUGCAGGGUGUUGUGUCCUGGGGAUACGGAUGUGCCGAGAAGGACCAUCCCGGUGUCUACGCCAAGGUGAACCUUCACUAUCUCUUCACAAUAAGUACAAGUGAUAUUUAAUCAUGACAAGUGUUGGGCUAAAACCUUGUUCUGUCUCCACUGACAGGUCUGCAUCUUCAACGACUGGCUGGAGAGCACCAUGGCCAGCAACUAAGUCUGAUCAUGUGACCAACAUCUUACUCUGCUGCCUUUCUUUCCUCAUUUUUACUCCGACAGUGUUGUUGAGUUUGAGCAAUAUGCAGCCAUUUACCAUCUGAGUCAAUAAAACUUCAAUUCAAAACAUCUGCUUUUGGUUAUUUAUUUCUUACAAAGGGAAAAGAUGUUAAACAUCCUGCUGGUUCAAGAAAUAGUUACAGUUUAUUGCCUGUUUGUGCAAAAAUAAAAAAAUAAAAAUCAGUUCAGCAGCAGAGUUGAACUCUGCACAAACAGGAGAUCUCAGAGAAAGCAUAAAUGACAUAGACUAAAGAAGGUAUGCAAGUGGGUGUGGCAAGGUGUGGCCCAUCACCACAAACACACACUUGAAAUGUGAUUGGCCACCCCAAAAUGCCCAACCAUGUUCAGCUAUAACCAAUAUUAGAGGCAGACUUGUGUCCACAGUCAUGUCUUUGGACAAAUAAAUAAGUCAUUCAAAAUUAAUCCAUGUUCUCUUUUGAAAUAUAAAACCAUUAUUUACAGAUAGGAUGACUCUAAUAUCACACUGUUUGAUAUUUUAGUCAUGAAAACAGAUGAUGACACUCCUAUGCUGGCCACCGCUGCCUUUGUCAUCCCAUUGAGGUUCCUCAUGUCCAAUAAGCUCCUAGCUGAUUGACACUGUAGGACAACAGGACAAGCACUUAUCUAAAUGCACUAGUUUGGCUAUGUAAUAAAAUCACGGGUAAAUAUCAGGUACAGAUUUUAUUUUGCCAGGAUACAAUUGUUCUCAAAGGACAGGACACUGCAACUUGUUCAUGUAAGGAGUCGCUGCAAGAAACCAAAAGUGAUUGGACAGGUUGAGAGAUUAUCUUCGAGACUUUUUAAAAGGUUUAAUUUGGGGUGGACAGAAAAUGUGUAGAGCAGAUACUGGGGGAAGAUUAAAGCCUUUACAUGUGAGGCACUCAGACCACAAGGCCACCAGCGCACCUUCUUAUUAACAUAUUUGUCAUGAGCAGACCAAAAAAAAAGAAUUAUGAAGAACUAAAUGGAAAAAAAGCAACAACAAAAACUUAAAAAAUAAAAAUAAUAAAAAAAACAAGGAGAAAAAAUCAAAGAAGAGGCACUGGGGAAAAAAACACAAAAAGACUAGGGAUACUACGAUGACUGUCUAAGACACUCACUGACCGACAAAUACACACACAUUGACAUACAAUGAACCAACAAGACAGAGUGAAAGACAAGGACUUUAUACCAUAGACUGUAUAUAGAAUGGACAGAGUCUACCACCUCGCUGGGUGAAGCCACUCCGAGAACAGCACCCUCUGUUGACGGGCUGCAGUAUAGGUCAUAAACCCCGCCUCCGCCAGCAAAGCUUAUGGGACUGUGGACAACAUUCAGAAAUUUAUUACACAGAACAUAAUUUUUUCUCCCCCCUGCUUGUGAUGUUGACAUGUAGUUAUUGUAAGACUGGUUUGUGCUCAAGUCCUCUUUUUUCUGUACAGCUCCGUUUUUAAAAGUUAUUAAGGGGUUCAUGUUUUCAAACAAUGUUUGAUGUUUAUCAAACAAUGAGCGUGGUCUAGACCUGCUCUUGUUCCUUGAAAAGCGUCUUGAGAUGACGACUGUUGUGAAUUGGCGCUAUAUAAAUAAAAUUUGAUUGAUUGAUUGAAUUUUGAUGUUUUCUUUGAUUGACACCUGAUACAGCCUAUGGGCGUUCAGGGAUUGAGUAGCUCUCCCGGGGGAUACGCUGUUUGAGCCGAGCGUCAUCACAGCGACUCUCUGCGACUGCGCGUCCGAAUGCGCGCAUCGCUACUGCGCAGCGCUGGUUUCAGGAAAUGAAGAAAAAUCCCGGAAAUACCGAGAGCUUUUGGGCUUCAAAUCCGUACACAGGUGGAAGGCGGAACCAAGUUGUCCAUAGUAUAUACGGUCUAUGAGCUUGAUAAAUAAAAAUCUGUUGUUUUAUUGACACAAUGAAAGUAAAAGUUUAUUCCCUGAAAAGCUGUCUCACGUUGAGUUUGGAUGUACAGAUUUUAUCUACGUGGAUGUUGUCAUAGUGCUGCAGCUUCUGCAAAGAAUACGUGGCUGGUUUUCCUGUGAAAGCCACAAUCAGUAACCUCUGGUUGUGAAUCAGGCCAUCUGCAGAGCUGCAGACAAGCCUUAACAGCACAGAUCCACCCAUUUCAAUGUCAACCAUUCCUUCAUGUGCCCUUGCUUACACAAAUUCAACAUAAUCACACAUCAAAAGAGAGUCAUCUGCAUAUAAAGACACAUUUGAUGUUUGAUUGAGAUACUGUGGUAAUUCCCACCUCAUUUUAAGAUAUUAUUACAUAAAUAUAUAUUGUUUUCUUCCUCACAUCAUUCAGCCAAUGAAAGUUGUACCAAGAAUAUUUUUUUACAUUAUUGCGCCAAUUUUAACACAACAGUAUUUCUGUUUCUCCAAAAACUUAAAGCAAAUAACUCGUGCAGAAUUCCAGUGCACACCACCGCACAGCAAAGCAAAUAUUUGCUUAUCCUAUACCCAGAGUUUUCCAGGAUCUCGAUUGGUUUAAAACAUCUAUGGGGGUGUGUUUAGAGAGAGGAACAAUCGUAUAUAAACCAGGACUCCAACCUAAGACCUUCAUCCACAAGAUCACUCAGCAAUCAUGAGGUCUCUGGUCUUCGUUCUGCUCAUCGGAGCUGCCUGUAAGCACCCAAACCUCUGCUUGUAUUGACUUGUACUUGUCUGAGCUCUAAAAAAAUGUUCUCUUGGUUGUUCAUUAUUGGGCCUCUUGUGCAUUUUCAGUCGCCACUGACGACGACAAGAUCGUCGGAGGGUAUGAGUGCACACCCCACUCCCAGCCCCAUCAGGUCUCUCUGCAAUCUGGCUACCACUUCUGUGGAGGCUCCCUGGUGAACGAGAACUGGGUUGUGUCUGCUGCUCACUGCUACAAGUCGUAAGCACAGUCUUCAUGUUUUCCUGAGGUGUAAGGAGUUAUAUUUGAUGGUUGUUUGUGUGUAAUCGGCUUCUUGUCUUGGUUUUCUUUUAGUCGUAUUGAGGUGCGUCUUGGAGAGCAUCACAUCAGGAUCAACGAGGGUACUGAGCAGUUCAUCAAGUCUUCCCGCGUCAUCCGCCACCCUAGGUACAGCUCCUGGGACAUUGAUAAUGAUAUCAUGCUGAUCAAGCUGAGCACACCCGCCACCCUCAACCAGUACGUGCAGCCCGUGGCUCUGCCCACCAGCUGUGCUUCCGCUGGCACCAUGUGCAAGGUCUCUGGCUGGGGUAACACUCAGAGCUCCUGUGAGUAUGAAUCCUGCAUUGUUUACUCCAAAUGUAAGUCUGUGCUGCACUGAAACAUCAGCUUGACCUUUUUAAGUUUCUCUCUCCAUUUUCAGCUGCUGACGGUGACAAGCUGCAGUGCCUGAACAUCCCCAUCCUGUCCGACAGGGACUGUAAGAACUCCUACCCUGGCCAGAUCACCGAUGCCAUGUUCUGCGCUGGAUACCUGGAGGGAGGCAAGGACUCUUGCCAGGUAUGUCAUUCAGUCUUCAGACAGAAAAAACUGUGAAAUCUUAGUGAGACUUGUUCGACACCCUUUGCUCUCUUUUCACAGGGUGACUCCGGUGGCCCCGUUGUGUGCAACGGUCAGCUGCAGGGUGUUGUGUCCUGGGGAUACGGAUGUGCCGAGAAGGACCAUCCCGGUGUCUACGCCAAGGUGAACCUUCACUAUCUCGUCACAAUAAGUACAAGUGAUAUUUAAUCAUGACAAGUGUUGGGCUAAAACCUUGUUCUGUCUCCACUGACAGGUCUGCAUCUUCAACGACUGGCUGGAGAGCACCAUGGCCAGCUACUAA